UUCAGUGUUAUUACAAUCAAAGCAAGUACCAUUUAGCUCAAAUAUUUUUUUCUUUUUUAAUCAUAUUUAUGUUUUCAAAAUCCAAAGUAUACAUUAAGUCUUCCCUUUUGAACAUAUCUUCAGUACCUCAAUUUUCAAUCACUCCCAAAAUGGCAACUACUGUCCCAACACGUUCUAGUUUAUCUUUGAAGGGUUCCGCAAAGCUUGUGAGCGAGUUUUUUGAAUAUGCAGUGAACUCAAUUCUAUUUCAACGUGGAAUAUAUCCGCCAGAGGAUUUCAAGGUUGUUAGAAAAUAUGGAAUCAAUAUGCUUAUAACCAUUGAUGAUGAAGUCAAAGCGUAUAUUCGGCGUAUUAUUGCACAAUUGCACAGAUGGAUGUACAGAGGAAAGAUUCAAAAACUGGUAGUCGUGAUAACAGAUAAAGACACUGGUGAUGAUCUUGAACGGUGGCAAUUUAAUGUCGAAAUAUUAUGCAAAAAUGAAGACUCAAUAGGUGAAGAAUCUAAAGAGGCUAAACCAGAAAAGGAAAUUCAGAACGAAAUUCAAGCUCUUAUUCGUCAAGUGACUGCAACCAUCACUUUCCUUCCUCAAUUGGACACUCGCUGUACAUUCAAUGUGCUUGUCUAUGCUGACAAGGACAGUGAGGUACCUACAGAUUGGGUUGAUAGCGAUCCAAGACAAUUACAAAACGCUGAACAAGUUCAGUUACGAAGCUUCAGUACGAACAUGCAUAAAAUCGACUGUCAAGUCGCCUACCGAAUGAACUAGUGAUACCCACUCUUGUAAUGAGUAACGAAUCCAUAAGUCACGAACAAUAUUGUAAAUGAUCUAUAUAAAGCAAAACCUAAAUAAAUUUACCACUAAACUGUAUAAUAAUGAUAUUUCAUUGUCUUUAUUAAUAA